GGGGGCGAGGAACAAAACGACCCCAAGGCAAACGUCUCUCCCUCUCUCUUUCUCUCUCUCUCUCGCUGUGCAAGGAAGGUGCGGCCAUGGCGGCCUUAGAGUGCUGGAGCAGUCGCACCAGCAUCGAUGAGGACAUGGUAGAGCAGGUCCUGAUGAAAUCCAACGACCGGUCCGAGGCCUUUCCUUCUCCACCCACAUCACCGCCUCUCCGAGCAGACGACGCCGGCAACCAGAGCGGCCCCGUUUCUCAGAAGGAGUGGCAGCGGAAAUGGGCCAGGAUCGGCCGGAAUGUCGCCGGGGCCAUCACCAACCUCAAGACCCACCUCAACCUCGACUCCAUCGCCAGCCGAAUCUCGGCGGCUUCCGAAUCGAGGCGGCUCAUCUGGGGCUCGGUGGUGCACGACCUGACACAGCUCUACCCGGGAAGCCAGCUCCCCGAGAAGCUCAUUGCCAACGUCCGCAAGCACUUCGACUCGCUGCCUCUGAGCUACGCACAGGCUGGGUUCGACAUGAAGGAGGUUCUCGCCCACAUGCGGUUGAUCGAAGAGGCCGUAACCGAGGACCGCCCGGCCGUUUCCGUCGAGGAGGAUGCCGGGGACGAGUCGGACGCUCGCCGCGGCAGCAUCUCGGUCUUUCGCCUCGCCUUCGCCUGCAACUCCUGCAUUUCGUGGCCGGCGGUGUCCUGCGUCCUUGACGACCCUUCUUUCUGCUGCAAGAAGAUGCAGAUCUUCGAGCGGAAGAACCUCACUCUCGGUGUCGUCACUGUCUUGGUGCCGGCUGGCCAGGAGAGGGCUUUCCGGUACAGGGUUGAAACCGCGCUGAGAUCAGCCACCAGACGACCUAGACAGGCCGCCAUGAGAAUCGCUCUGGGGCUAUGUGGUUGCCAGGAGGAGAACAUCAAGAACCCUGCGGAGUGCGAAAUGGGCGACGAGCCGGCCGGUCGAGAAUUGACCGACAACUCCUCCGAUCGAUCCCCACUGAAAGCUUGUCAAAUGGGCAGCUCUUCCUUUUCUGUUUCAAUCGAUGAAUUGCAGAACGUCAGGACCGGCGGCGAGGAUCUCGGAAAAUGGCUGCUGAAUUCGGACUACGUCGAGGUUGCCGAGCAAUUGGGGUCUAGAGUGUUCAAAGGAGUUUACAGAGGUAAGAAGGUAGCCAUCAUCAAGAUUCCCGGCUGCGAAAGAGGAAUGCGCUACGACGUUGAGUUGAGGAGGGAUCUGUUGGAGCUCAUGACUUGCGGGCACAAGAAUGUCCUUCAAUUCCAUGGAGUACUGCUGCACCCUGUGCACGGAUUGUGCACUGUCACGAAGCUGAUGGAAGGUGGAUCCAUCGACCGGUUGAUUCGCCGCGGGGGCGGGAAGAAGCUUCAGUACAAAGAAGUCAUCAAGAUUGCCACCGAUAUCAUGGAGGGAAUGGCUUUCUUGAAUGAAAAUGGUGUUGUUUACAGAGACCUAAACACAAACAGGGUGCUUCUUGACAGACAAGGGAACGCUUGCCUUGGAGAUAUGGGUGUAGUUUCACUAUGCAAUCAAGAUGGGGAGGUCUUGGAAUAUGAAACAGCAGGGUAUAGGUGGCUAGCGCCAGAGAUAAUUGCAGGUGAUCCGGAAAGUGUGGUAGAAACGGAGAAGAGCAAUGUCUAUAGCUUUGGGAUGAUCCUGUGGGAGAUGGUGACGGGAGAGAUGGCAUAUGAGUCGUAUUCGCCUGUUCAAGCGGCCGUUGGGAUCGCCGCCUGCGGUCUCCGGCCGGAUGUACCGGCUGACUGCCCCCUUGUUUUGAAGUCUUUGAUGCAGAAGUGUUGGAACAACUUCCCUUCCAAAAGACCUCGUUUAUCUGAUUUGCUCACAGUUCUUAGGGCUGCUACUUCACUUCCUAGUAGAUGAAUAGGUUCUGUGGUAAUUGCCUCUCUCGUGGAUGUGGUUUUCCUUUUUCCGUUUGUGGAUAUGGCUGCAUCAGCUUUGUGGCUCUCCUUUUUUAAGAUUAUACUUGGCUCUUUGUAACAAUCAAUCAUUUGCUGCUCAUUGUUGACAUCUUUUUUGCUUGUAUAUCAGAAAUCAGAUACAUGGAAAAAAAGUGUAUCGUUUCACAUCUUAUCCACUUGUGUAGACUUAUAAAAGAGAAAAAAUUGCCUUCUCUCUC